AUGUCAACCUUCAUUACGCCUGCGAAUUUUGCGGCCACUAUUGGGCUAGCCGCAACCAUGAUGGGCUCCAUCGUCACGCUAAAACCAGAACUCGGCAUCAAAAUGUGGCACUUCGAUAUUGCGUCCUCCGAGGAUUUCAAGGAUCCAAAAUCGGAAAAUAGGAGCCUGAUCUUGGACGAGCUGCGCUUGUUCGCCAUACGCGAGUUCUUCAUUGGAGCAAGCCUGUUUGCGGCAGCAUACUUCGGCAACCACAAGACCUUAGCUGCGAUGUGCUUGCUUGGGGUCCCGGUGGUCACUAUUGAUGGCAUUGUGCAGCGGAGACAGGCACCCAAGGCGGAUUGGUGGGUUCAUUUUGCGUUGGCGCCGGUGUUCGCUGGGUUAGGUGUUGCGUCGUGGAGGCAGCAAUGA